GAUAGAUAGAUAGAUAGAUAGAUAGAUAGAUAGAUAGAUAGAUAGAUAGAUAGAUAGAUAGAUAGAUGAAUAGAUAGAUGGAUAGAUAGAAAGAUAGAUAGAUAGAUAGAUGGACAGAUAGAUAGCUAGAUAGAUAGAUCGAUCGAUCGAUAGAUAGACAGACAGACAGAUGGAUGAAUAGAUAGAUAGAUAGAUAGAUAGAUAGAUAGAUAGAUAGAUAGAUAGAUAGAUAGAUAGAUAGAUAGAUAGAUAGAUAGAUAGAGAUAGAUAGAUAGAUGAAUAGGUAAAGGUAAAGUUUUCCCCUGACGUUAAGUCCAGUCGUAUCCAGCUCUGGGGGUUGGUGCUCAACUCCAUUUCUAAGCUGAAGAGCCAGCGUUGUCCGUAGACACCUCCAAGGUCAUGUGGCCAGCAUGACUGCAUAGAGCGAAUAGAUAGAUAGAUAGAUAGAUAGAUAGAUAGAUAGAUAGAUAGAUAGAUAGAUAGAUGGUAGGGAUGAAUGGAAAAUAGAUGUAGAAGGGGAGAGAUGGAUGGUUUGUAGGGAUAGGUAGAUGAGAGAGAGAUUUCUUAUUCUUUUCUCGACUUCAACAGUGAGAAACAGAUCCAUCCUUUCCACUCAAUUCCUCCAAAUUAACAACGCAAUUGUGACAACACAUUACUGUGUCCAUUCCUUCGCAAAUCACUUUUGAAUGUGUUGUGGCCGGGAUCACAGGGUUGUUGUGCAUUUUCCGGGCUGUCUGGCCAUGUUCCAGAAGCAUUCUCUCCUGACGUCUUGCCCACAUCUGUGGCAGGCAUCCUCACCACCUCAUCAUCCACAGAACGGAGGCUUUGUUUGUGGCACAUCUCAGCCCCGGCAUUGAAAAGCAAAAAAAGGACAAAAGGGGAAGGAAAGCCAUUAGUUGUCGGGUUGCGGCUUUUGCGACAACCUCUUGCUCUCAUUCCGCUUCAGCGCAUCCCAUCUCAACCUCGGACUCGGUGCUCCAUUUCCCAGAGCAUCCCGACCCCGCUUAAGGAUGCUGCACCUGAAAGUCCAAUUUUUGGACGAUUCCCAAAAAAUCUUCGUCGUCGAUCAAAAAUCAUCUGGAAGGACUUUAUUCAACCUGAGCUGCAGCCACUUGAACCUUACAGAAAAGGAAUAUUUUGGACUGGAGUUUUGGAGUUCUGCGGGGCAUGCUGCCUGGCUGGAACUUCUCAAGCCUAUCACGAAGCAGAUUAAAAAUCCUAAGGAGAUUCUUUUCAAAUUUAUGGUGAAAUUUUUCCCAGUGGAUCCGGCCCAUCUGAAAGAAGAGCUGACGAGGUACCUGUUCACUCUCCAGAUCAAGAAGGACCUGGCCUGCGGAAGGCUUCCUUGCAGUGAUAACAGUUCGGCUCUGAUGGUCUCACACCUUUUGCAAUCCGCGCUGGGAGAUUUCCAUGAGGAAACGGACUGGAAGCACUUGGAGACGCACAAAUAUCUAGCGAACCAGGAGUGUCUGACCGACAAGAUCAUGCGUUAUCACAAAAAACAUCGAGGCAAAACUCCAGGCGAGUCGGACGUCCAGCUUCUGGACAUUGCAAGGAAACUAGAAAUGUAUGGGAUCCGGCCCCAUCCAGCAAGCGACGGAGAAGGCACCCAGAUCAACUUGGCGGUGGCUCAUAUGGGAGUGCUGGUCCUGCGGGGAAAUACAAAGAUCAACACUUUCAACUGGUCCAAAAUCCGCAAGCUGAGUUUCAAACGGAAGCACUUCCUGAUCAAGCUCCACGCCAACGUGGCGGCCUUGUGCAAAGACACACUGGAGUUCGCCAUGGCCAGCCGAGACACGUGCAAAGCCUUCUGGAAGACGUGCGUGGAGUACCACGCUUUCUUCCGUCUCUCCGAAGAGCCCAAGUCCAAGCCCAAGGCCUUCCUCUGCAGCAAGGGCUCCAGUUUCCGAUACAGUGGACGGACCCAGCGGCAGCUGCUGGAACACGGAACAAAGGGGAAGCUCAAGAGCCUGCCGUUCGAAAGGAAACGCUACUCCCCUCGGUACCAUGACCGGCAAUGCCGCUCCUCCCCAGAUCUCCUUACAGACGUUUCCAAACAGCUGGAAGACUUGCGCCUGGUUUAUGGCAACAUGGGGAGCUACUAUGGGGCCAACGGUGUCCACACCUCUGAGCCCACCCUGGACAGCAGCCGACGGAGGAAUUCCGCCAUGGAGGUGAUCUUUGCGGACGAACUGGAACGCUCCAAACCCGAAGCUGACCCGACGUUGCUGGCUCACUCCCAAAGCAGCUCUGCCUUUCAACUGGUUUACACUGAGCCGGAAGAGGAUUGGGAGCCCCCUGAUCUUUAUGGGUCGAGGGUCCCGCUGACCUCCUUCCAACCGAGCUACAGGGUAGCCGGGAACAGUAAGAGCACCUCAGUGGGCAAUGUGCGAGAGGCGACCCCCAGGCAACGUCUGGCCUACACCGACGUGCCCUACGUGGUCAACCCACCGCUGGAUGUGGGAUCGCCCCAAGUUUUCUUCUACAUGGACAGGCCCCCUCAGUUUGCACGGCACGUGGCGAUGGGUCCAGUGGAGGAAGUGACAAGCGGCAUGAACGUCCUUGGUGUGGCCCCCAUGAAGCCUCGGAGGAGGAGCCCCGGGGCAUCAAGGCUGCGGGUGCCUGACCCAGAGGCCCUGCCCCGAACGACGUAUCUCACUAGCGUCAGCAUGGAGCACGACGACGACAGGAGCGUCUUCGAUUACGGCACCCAGGAAGUUCCCAAAAGAUCCUGGAGCCAGUCGGAUAUUAAAACCAUCCGGUUCCCCUACGGCUCGGAGUUUCGACCUUUAGGGCCGUGUCCUCUUCUGAGUAGCAGGAAGUCCGAUAUCCUCAAGUACGUCUGGGCUCAUCAAGGGUUUCCAGAACCACCCAGAGUCCAACGGAGCACAGAACGCUACAUCGGCAGCGGGACAGAGUCCAGCGACUCGGAUUCAGACCUCUUUCCGGAUUACUAUUCUCUCUACGGAAGGGUGCUCAGAGCCCCCCGGGCGAGGGUCCGGUUGUCUUCCGGGAGCCUCCAGCUCGAGGGCGAAGAUGAAGAAGUCUGCCUUGCUACCGCCAGCAUGGACGAGAGGACUUCUUCCCAGGGAGCAUCCAAUUAUUUCACUUAAUUUGGCUUCGCCUGAAGUCGCUCAACUGCGGGGAAUUGAAGCGGGCACCUUGCUUAUCACUGUGUUUUAGGUAAUGAUUACAUUUCUGGAAUGCGGGACAUCUGCCAACGCAAAGAACUCUCUGACCUAAAAGAGGAAGUGAUUCAGGUGCUAUAUAUCAGAGGAGCAAAAGUCAAUACCAAGGAUGAGAUUAUUCCAGCGCCAUUUGACUUAGUUGGUACUCGGGGAGGAGGGAUGGGAUAGUUGUUCCACAGCAAGUUAGUCUUUGUGCCAAGUUUAUGGUUCAUUUUCUCGAAGAGAGAGCUGAAUGUCACCAAACUGACUCAGUGUGACUUUUAUUGGGGUUAGUCAAAGGUAAGCAAAUGGGUGCCGAGUCUGAUUCAGGGGAAACGUACUCUUGAAAUGGGGUUCAACUCUAGCUAUUUAAGUAUAUUGUAAACAUGCCCUUUCUCCCCGUAUGGAUCCCAGAACGGAGUGGGAUGCAUAUGUAACACUCAUGUGUCAUAAAACAAAGAGAUCAUCCUUGUUGAGCGUCCUUGGAAGGAGCACAAAGAUGAACACAUUCAGUCGAUGCAAAAAAUAAUUCCCAAGAAAUAUUGUAUUUUCUGCUGAGAAACUUUUAAAGUUCUAUUCAGUAGCAGCAAAAAUACUAAAGAUACAGUAGAGUCUCACUUAUCCAACACUCGCUUAUCCAACAUUCUGGAUUAUCCAACGCAUUUUUGUAGUCAAUGUUUUCAAUACAUCAUGAUAUUUUGGUGCUAAAUUCGUAAAUACAGUCAUUACUACAUAGCAUUACUGCGUAUUGAACUACUUUUUCUGCCAAACUUGUUGUCUAACAUGAUGUUUUGGUGCUUCAUUUGGAAAAUCAUAACCUAAUUUGAUGUUUUAAUAGGCUUUUCCUUAAUGCCUCCUUAUUAUCCAACAUAUUCGCUUAUCCAACAUUCUGCCGGCCCGUUUAUGUUGGAUAAGUGACACUCUACUGUACUGUCAACCAGGUAUGUUUUUAGUAUGCCUCCCUUCUUACUACCCAGUUAAAAACUGACCUGUCUAUGGUGACUAUCAGAAAUACAUUUCUUCCCCCAAAAUACCUUCAUGACAUAAAAUAUCACUAAUUUUGGACAGUGACGGAUACACACUGGUAUUCUAUUAAUGGCACAUGCAGGCGGAAGAACAUAUUGCGGUUAUUUUUUCUUGGGCUACUGGCAUUUCUCUACACUUUGUAACCAUUACCUUCCAGUUUGCAGUCCCAAAAUUCUGGGAUUAAUAGAAAGUAGAGAAGGGGAUGAAGUAUAUACUACUAGCAUAUAUACUCAAGUGUAUAUACCCCUAUAUACUGAUACAUCUUCCCUCUUUUCCUCCCUUCCCUUCCCCUUUUCUUCUGUCCUCCCGUCUCUUGUUUUUCCUCUCGUUCCCUCUUUCUUUCCUUCCUUCCCUUGUCUUCCCUUCAUUUCUUCUCUUGUUUUCACCGUCAUCCACCCUUUCUCCUUUCCCAGUGACGUCACAGAGAGCCACUUCACCUAGCAACAGCCUCUGUGAUACAAACAUUACACAUACACACAUAUAUACACACUGACUUUGAUAUAUAGUGUCUGCAAUCAGAAGGGAAAAGAUCACUUCAUUGAUUGAAAUGUCUAUCACUCAUAGGAUUCUCCAAUUGUGUGACUAAACCAUUCUCUUUCCUAAGAAAGGAGUACAAAUGAGGGCCGCCAGAGGUGUACAGAACUUAAAUAUUUUAUUUCGUUUCUUAAACUUUUCCACCUUCCUCCGCUGCCCCUCGCUGGCCCCUCCCUCAAAGAAACAACAGUGAUGAAAGAAGCUUCAUUUAUAAACAGAUUCACAGGACUAAAAGCUACAGGGAAGAGCACUACGCUUCUGUCUCGGCAAUGCAGUUGUUUCGUAAAGCUUCAGAUCAACUGUAUUUACAACUUUUGCGGCUUGUACAUUUAUAAAAAUAUCUUUUUUUGUAUUUAAUCCACAACAUUAUUGUUUUCAAAAACUAUGUCCUGACUUUUUUUUGACUCCACGGAUAUAAAUUUUCUAAUUGUGUCUCACUUAUAGAGCGACGAAAGUUUUUUUCUUCUUCUCUAACAAACAUUUCUUUCAAAAUUAAAACAAAGGAGUUAAAAGUAA